AUGACGCCCGACUCCCCAGAUGAAGCUCUUCAUUUUCGAGGCAAGACCUUGACCCCCGAAAGCCCUCGCCCGCUGCAUAUUGCGGAACCCGCCAACAUCCCUGUGCUUCAGAAUCAAAUGGACCCCGUUUUCAACGAUACCUCCACCUAUGAAAAGUCAGUUCGGAUCUCUGAAGACAUCUAUCAUGUCCACCAUAAUGGCCUGUUGUCCUCCCACGGGCCGUAUACGGGAUCGGGCGGGGCGGGGGGAAAUGCGGGCUCUAUACAAGGCUCAGAACUGCAGCCUCCAUCGCAGCAUCAUUCACAUAUCCAAGGUAGCUUCCAUCCCGGCCGUCUCCUAGUCAAUGGUGAUGGAAGGAUGGACCCGAAUAUCACUACCCCUCUGACUGCGACUAUAACUGCCCCAUUUCCCGCUCCAUCCAACCCAUCUCCACCUUCCCAGACCACAGAGCCCUAUACCCAGAAAGCAACACCAGACUCUUCUCUAACCGCUUCUCCUACAUCAGAUCCUAUCUCCCUGCUAGCCCACCCUGUACCAGGCCUUCCUCCUUCCUCUUUUUCCCAUCGUCCUCACGACAUUCCCUUUGCCCAUGAGGUAGACCACCAGGCCGCGCCGCAGAGCCGAUUAGAUCCUGAGGCCAAACCCGAUGAUAACAGUGCUGAGGGUGACGUCGAUUUCCAGAACCUCCUUGAUAAUCUCCCUCCUUCAACUGCUCCUUCUGCCCCCACGGUCUCGGGAACCGCCCAUUUGUCUACGGAGGACCCUUCGGCCACUCCUCAGGCAGGGUUACCUCCUCGCCCCCCUCCCCAAGAGAAGCCUUCCAUCCAUCCCAACUACAAUCCCAGUGAUGAUAUCCGCUCUUAUCAUCAGCUCCCUGCCCAUACUACCCCCGACGCAUCCAAUCCCUAUACAACCCAGCAGAGUAGUUACCAGUCCAACGCGGCGCUACCGCCACUAGCUGCAGCCGGUGCUCCGGGGACCUCCUCCGGUACCAGUGCUUUACCUCCUCCUCCCAUUGCUAGCUUCCAACAACCUCCAUCGGCCGCUGCGGAAUCUCAAGAAGCUGCACCAUCGGUAGCGCAGAAAGCUGGGCGUGUUGAGAGACCGCCCCGCAUAGCAAAACCUGGAGUCCCCGACGAGGAUGCUCCUUGGGGUCCAGAAGUACAAAAGAAGUAUGAUGAAUUUUUACACGAUGAGAGAGUAUACGUGACAGAAGGACUUUGGGAUCGCUUCCCCUAUGGGUCGAGGUUAUUUGUUGGCAAUCUCCCAACAGAAAGGGUAACUAAGCGAGACCUGUUUCAUAUCUUUCACAACUAUGGGAAACUGGCGCAGAUAUCAAUCAAGCAAGCAUACGGUUUCAUCCAAUUUCUUGACGCCUCAGCCUGCAAGAAAGCGCUCGACUCAGAGCAAGGGGCAGUGGUGAGGGGGCGCAAAGUUCACCUAGAAAUUUCGAAACCGCAAAGAAACACCAGACCUGCGCCGGCUACUUCAGAAUCUUCAAGGGCCCCACCACCACGUCGGUCAAGGUCCCCCGAAUAUAGUAGGGGUGGGCCUCCAAGCGGCCGCAACGCGAGAGCCUCGGGAGAUCGAUACGAACGACCCUACGAGCAGGGAAGGGUGCCAUUCAGCGACUUUAGGGGCGAACCUGCUCAUCGCAGAAGGGAUGAUUAUCGGCCUCCCCUAAGAUCGCCUUCUCCGCGCGGUUACCGGCCAAGAGAGGGUUAUCGGUCGCGAGACAGGACUCCAGAACGGUUUGAUAGACGCGAGAGACAACGAUCUCGUUCACCUUAUAGGAGAGACACAAGGGAUGGAAGAGAGAGAAGGUACCGUACGCCAAGCCCCAGGGGACGUGGAGUGUACGAUAGCGAUGCAGAUAUGCCUGUCCCCAGACGAGCUGCGAGAGAUGUACCGGACGUGCAAAUACUUGUCUUAGAGGAGCUGGACCGGAACUUCAUAUAUCAUGUGGAGACAAGCUUCCGUAAUCGAGGAUUGCGUGUAGAUGUCCUAGCACUAGGACCUAGAAUUCCUCUUGAUGCCGCCGUCCAGCGUCAAAUAUCUGAGGGCGUUCUUGCAGUAGUGAGACUCUCACGGCCAAGCCAGCUCUCCAGAAAAAUACCUCUACAAGUAUUCGACCGCAGCGCUGCCGUAGAUAAUGUGCGCUCUAACGAGUAUCCUGAACUUGAUCCCAAUAUUGCUGCCGAAAUCGUCUUUCAGGCAUACUCAUUGCAACGCAAUGGCCUGCACACCUCUUUCCCCCCCACGGCCUACGGAGUUCCAGCUCUUCCAUCUGCGACGAUGCCUCACACUCAAGCUCCUCCUCCGCUUGCAAGCCAGCCAAACCUUGCCAAUCUCAUUUCAACUCUCGAUGCGCCUACCCUGCAAUCUCUACUCUCCGCCCUACAACAGCGGCCGCCUGUGCAAGUCGCUCAGCAUCCGUUCCCUGCCACCAACCAUCCCCAUGCGGCUCCAGAUCUUGCCAGUCUUCUAAGCUCUGCCACCCGACAGCCUAUCCUAACCAACCCACAGCAAUCGUUCUCAUCACAGCCUUUUCCACUCCAAGCACCAAAUGUCCCUGCAGUCUCAGAUCCGAAUUUACUAUCCCUCCUGGCUAAAGGUUUGGGAGCGCAGCAGCCGCAAAAUCAAGCCGGAGUGCCUCCUCACGUCCAAAAUAUCAUGAGCCAAUUGGGCAAAUGGAAGCAAUGA